UCGAGCCGGUCCUGGGACAUCGAAACUGAGGGUGUGCCACGGUGCUGCAAAAUUUCACUUUCGGUUUGAGUUUUUAGUUUGUGCGUCUGUGAAGGUUUGGUCCUCUCUUCUGUGAUUCCACUGUUUUUUUUAGAUCGUGAAAAUAUGCAUUUCAAAUACCCCGAUGCCCGGAGAGACGAGAGCAGAAUUGAUGACUAUCAUGGAACUAAACUCUCAGAUCCUUAUACAUGGCUGGAAGAUCCUGACAGUGAAGAGACAAAGGCAUUUGUGGAAGCUCAAAACCUAUUGACUAUGCCCUUCUUGGAAAAAUGUGCAGUUGGCAAGAAAUUUCACCAAAAGUUAACAGAGGUGUAUGACUAUCCUAAAUUCAGCUGUCCAUACAAGAAAGAAAACAAGUUCUUUUACUUUCAUAACAAGGGAUUGCAGAAUCAGAGUGUGCUGUACAUUCAAGACUCUUUAGAAGGCGAAUCCAGAAUUUUCUUUGACCCAAACUUACUGUCUGAAGAUGGAACUAUUGCUUUAUGCAUGGCACGUGUUUCUGAAGACUGCACAUACUUUGCCUAUGGGCUAAGUGAAAGUGGUUCAGACUGGGUUACAAUCAAUUUUAAGACGGUUGAAGAACAAAAGGAUUUCCCAGAGACACUAGAACGGGUUAAAUUUAGCUGUCUGGCCUGGACCCAUGACAGCAAAGGAAUUUUCUACAACUGUUACCCCAAGAAUGAAAGCAAAGCUGAUGGCACAGAAACUACCACUAACAUUAAUCAGAAGCUUUACUAUCAUGUAAUUGGUACCAGCCAGUCAGAGGACAUUCUUGUUGCAGAAUUUCCUGAUCAUCCCAAAUGGUGUAGUAGUGCACAGGUAUCUGAUGAUGGAAGGUAUGUUGUCUUGUCUAUUCGAGAGGGUUGUGAGCCAGUCAAUCGUCUUUGGUAUUGUGAUCUGCAGCAGCUGCCAAAUGGCAUUACUGGUAUUCUUCCAUGGGUGAAGUUGAUUGACAAUUUUGAUGCUCAGUACUCUUACAUCACUAACGAGGACAACAUUUUUACUUUCCGUACUAAUCUGUUGUCUCCUCGUUAUCGACUCAUCAAUAUUAAUGUGCACAAACCAGAGCCAUCAAAUUGGAUUACUCUGAUACCAGAACAUGAGAAGGAUGUGCUGGAUUUUGCAGCUUGUGUUAAUAACAAUUUCCUUCUUGUGGACUACAUGCAUGAUGUUAAGGAUGUUCUCCAUUUAUAUGACCUUAAAACUGGAAAGUUUCUGAAGAACUUGCCUUUGGAUGUGGGUACUAUCUCUGGAAUCAGCUGCAAAAAGAAGCACACAGAUUUCUUCUACAAAUUUACAUCAUUUACCACUCCAGGAAUUAUCUUUCACUGUGAUCUGACAUCUGACAUUCUGGAGCCUACAGUGUUUAAAGAGGUACCAAUUAAGGGAAUCAACCCUGCUGACUACCAGACCAUUCAGGUGUUUUAUCCAAGCAAAGAUGGAACAAAAAUUCCUAUGUUCUUAGUACAUGCCAAAGGAAUCAAGAUGGAUGGAUCUCACCCAGUAUUUCUGUAUGGCUAUGGAGGCUUUAACCAUUCCAUUCAACCUUCAUACAAUGUUGCUAAUCUGUUGUUUGUGAGACAUCUCAAUGGAAUUCUGGCCAUAGCUAAUAUUCGAGGAGGGGGAGAGUAUGGUCAAACAUGGCACAAAGCUGGAUGUCUUGGCAAUAAACAGAACUGUUUUGAUGACUUCCAGUGUGCUGCCGAGUAUUUAAUCAGUCAAGGCUAUACAACACCAAGUAAGCUUGCCAUUAAUGGAGCAUCAAAUGGAGGACUCCUAGUUGCUGCCUGUGUGAACCAAAAACCAGAACUUUACGGCUGUGCUGUAGCAGAAGUUGGAGUAAUGGACAUGCUUAAGUUUCACAAAUUCACUAUUGGCCACGCUUGGACUACGGACUAUGGGUGUUCUGAAGACGAGGAGCAGUUUGAAUGGCUAAUCAAGUACUCUCCAUUACACAACAUCCCCAAGACUCCCCAUGCCCCAUACCCAGCGAUGCUCCUCUUGACUGCAGACCAUGAUGAUCGUGUUGUCCCUUUGCACUCCCUUAAAUACAUUGCCACUUUGCAACACUACGUUGGCAAUCAUCCGGAGCAGAAAAAACCUCUGCUGAUCAGAAUUGAUACAAAGAGUGGACAUGGUGCGGGCAAACCCACUGCUAAGGUCAUCGAGGAAGAGUCCCAUAUUUUCUCUUUUAUUGCAGAAACUUUGAGGCUCUCCUGGAGAGAUUGAAAAUGAAUUAAUAUUCAUUUGGAAACAAUAAUCUGCUGUUGCCCUGCUGUAUUUUACUUGUUAAGUACCAGACAAACAUCUAGUAAAUGAAAAAAUGCAGAUAAGUAUCAUAAAAAAUAUCUCAACUAGAGAAAGAAAAAAUAUAAAGAAGGAUAGUGGCAAAGAUUUGGAUCUGGUAAGGGUAUAACAAUACAUAAAAUUAAUUAUUUUUCUGUAUUCUGUGCCAAGACACAGUGUCUUACAGGGAUUUUAUUCAUUACUUAUUCGAUUUCAGAUUAUGAAUGGUUGAAACGGCUGUUUUAAUUAAUUUCUUAAUAGGUGGUGAUUUUGUAAUAAAACAGAUUGUAAAGUAGUUGAGUUAAAUUGAUGUAUUGAGAUGGUUUUUCUACUAAUCGUGUUUUAUUUUAGUGCUUCACUAAACUUGAUAGUAACACUGUAUGGGUCAAAACAGACAGAAUUCUGUCCAACAACAAAAUUGGAAGGAAAAAUGUCCUAUGUGCAUGCAAAGCCAGAAAUAUUCAUACAGAUAUUAGUGAUAUAACUUAACAGUUUAUACAGUGUAAAAGAAGCCUGGACACAGACAGACACUGAGACAGCCAGAUGUCCAAACACAUGCUUUUAUUCUUCUUUUUCAGCACAAUACACACAGUGCACCAACCCACAAUAAUGGCUCAGUCCUUCCUUUCUCUUUUCCCAAGUCUUCUGCCGCCUCUACUCCUCCACUCGCAAGCUCCGUCCUCUUCCGCCCAACUCCCCAAAUGGAGUGAGGCGGCCCCUUUUAUAAUGCACCCAGAUGUGCUCCCUGAUGGCCUUCCUGCAGCACUUCCUGGUGUGGCGGAAGUGCUGCAGUCCACUGCUCCAUAGUCCUUCGGGUGCCCCCUGGUGGUGGCCACGGAUCCCCACAGGCUUGAUCCUUCCAGCUUCAUAGCUUCCACAUCAUCCAGGAUGGCCGCCCUCUUACAACCUGGAGAGGGAAUUGCCCCUCUCCCAGUCCCCUGCUUCUCCAGGCCUCCCGGUGGGGCAAGGUCCCCGGCCAUCCAUCACAACAGGUAAAUAAAAUAAAAUAUAUAUAGCUAGGGUAAAGAAAUUACUUCUUAUGAAUAUCUCUGUAGUAACUACAAUCACAACUGUCACAUUCAACUUUUGACAAAACAAGUGUUUCUAAGAAUAUUACGUAGUUUUUUUAAUGCCCAGUAACAUUUUCUGUAAUUGCACAUGUGUGAAGUUUAUUUACUUCCUUAAUCGACCUGUACCUUUGAAAUCCUGAGUUUUGUAUUUUUGUGCCAGUGAUGUUGUGUGAUUCAUUUCUAGUUAAGUUUUAGCUUUUAGACUGCUGGCAUCAAAUUUUCUUGUAGAAUAUUCCAGUAUGAUGUAAAAUUUAUAGUUAAUUCAUUUUUAGAAAUGUGGUGUGGGGAGGAGAGUGGAAAAUGAAACUUUCUGGCCAUAUGGCAAAAUGCCAUUUGGUCAGAAACAUCUAAUACAAGCCAUUUUGGAAAAUGAUAAGCGUGAUGGUUUGCAGUUGCAUCACUGACUCUAGUGCUGUCAUAUUAACAAGAUAAAAAUCCAUGUUUUCUGAAGGUAUAUAUAGUCAUGAUGUCUUCAUGCGCUUACCUUUAAUUUGACUCUUGAAUUUUAUUUGGUAAAUUAUCUUAAUUCUUAUCAAUUAUUGAUGAACAUCAAAUAUGUUAAACCGUAAAGUAUAAUAUAAGUGUCAAAUACCAAUCAACACAGACCAGUAUGGUGACUGGAACUGAGACAUGAAUGUGUCUGUCUAAAAUGAUACUGAUUAUAAAAACAUGGUGUAUUAAAACAUAACAGUAUAUACAAUAAAAUAUAAAGUGGUGGCAUCAUUGGUGCCGGGGACCCUGUUACAUAUUGCGGUGAGACUCCUAUGGGCAGUCUGAAACAGCAGGUUCCAAUUGCAGGAAUUCUAAUGUGUGACCCUCACCAAGGAACAGGCUAAUCUGUGAUCCAGAAACAUUUCUGAGGGAAUUAGAGGCCAUGAAAGUACUUACAGGCUAGGGCUUAAAAGGUACGUCAUCCAGGAGGCCAUUGAACUUCAAGUUGGAAGGAAAGGUGGACGGUGGUUGAAUUGGUGUCAUUUACAUAGGCCAAGAAGUGUCAGAAACAUUUUGGAGUUGAGAAAAAGGGUGUGUGUUGAGGUUGAGAUGGGAAAGUUCCCAUCAGUUACUUAGAGACUUUGACCCCAGAAGGCCUGCAGGAUUGUUUUGUCCCUAUACUUUAUUAUUUUCAGUCCUCCCUUGUGUUGCUUACUCCUCACUUUUAUUAUUUAUACAAUAAACCACCAAAUUUUAGUAA